CCUUAGUAAUGACCAAGACGAGCAUAUGCCCAUAUUCUUUAAUCCAACUCAAUGCGCUCCCAGCCUUCCCAAGUUCCCCAUUGUCCGUCUUCGGACCUUGACCAAACCUUAUGCCUCUGGUUGAACCUGAGCUUCCCCAUCUGGCAAACAGCAGACGGUUGAUGAGGGGGGAGCUGCUCACGGUAAACGUAAACGACGAGAGUCUAACUCAGCAGGACGGACAUUUCAUCUAUGAACUUGUUGACUGGUUGAACAUAUAAUUAACAACGACUGCAGUUCCUUAACAAUUCCUCUCAGUCUCACCUCCCCCAUCACUUACUUUCCGUACCAUCAUCCAUUACAUCCACUAUCAACAUCCACCCACAAUGGUCUACACCCUCGUUGUCCACUUCCGGGCCAAGUCGUCCGAGCCCGAAGUCCUGACCAAAAUUGAGAACAAACUCAUCGAGGCUUCACGCAUCUACUCUCAGGACAAAGAGACCGUCUCCUGGUUCGUCAUGCAAUCUGUUCACGACAAGAGGGACUUUACUAUCGUGGAACGCUAUGAGAAGGAAAGCAGUCAAAAAUAUCAUUUGGAGAACCCUUAUUGGAAGACUUUCGACCCAUAUAUCAUUCCUCUUCUUGAAGGUGGCAAGAUGGACUUGAGACGUUACGAGGAACUCGACACAAGCAAGGACGUUGUGGUCGACUGAGGAGGAUUUGGCUCCUUGACCCAUAGUCUACGCACAAGGAUCUAAACGAUUCAAUCCAAUCCAUUGCCUUCGAGGCAUUGAUUGAUCGCAUAUCUAGCUGCUCAAUCGUCAUUGAUAUACUUGUCCAAAACG